CGCUUAACUUUCAGCUGCCCCCUUUUUCCCUGUCGACAACAGUUAUAUACCAUAGCAGGAGGAACGUAAGAAAUACCUCUUAUCCCAAAUAUUUUACUCAAACAAGCGAUCGAUUUCGGCAACGGAUAAAAUAGGGAGAGAACUGCAAAAAUGCCUCUCUCUCUCUAGGGUCUUGUGAAGAAUUUUCUGCCGAAUCCAAGUUUUUCCUGCCCAUCCAUGUUUAUGGUGGGGGCCCUUUUACGGUUCGGAUCGGUUGCAGCUUGGGUUUUUCAUAUUAUUGCCUGCAUGGGAGCAGUGGUUGUCUUGGGUGCGAUAAUAAACCCAAACUGAGUUCCACACUUCAUGACCCAUUCAAAGGGCAGAAUAACUACGGUUGGAAGACUUCGAAAGGUUCACUGUCUGAAGAUUUUUGGACAACCAGCACCGUGGAGAUGGAAAAUAGUGCACUGCAAUCACAUGGAAGCAUCUCUUCAACAAGUACCUUGAUGCAGGUGCAGGAUGCUUAUGGCGCUGGUUGUUCAAGCAAACCAUCUGAAUUCGUAAAUCAUGGUCUUAUUCUCUGGAACCAGACUCGCCAGAAAUGGACAGGGAACAAGAAGCCUGAAAAUCGAGCAGACGAGCUGCUUGAGCCCAGGUUAAGUUGGAACGCAACCUAUGACAGUUUGCUCAGCAGCAACAAGCCGUUCCGCCAGCCCAUUCCCCUCGGCGAAAUGGUAGAUUUUCUUGUGGAUAUUUGGGAGCAGGAGGGAAUGUAUGACUGAGAAAAGCAGAAGCAGGUGGUAGCAACUGUGGGUUGAAAAUUAGGACACUCUCCUCGACUGUAAAAAUAGAAACUUAAAGCAGUUUCUUUGAGAUGUAUGUUCUUAUUUUACUGUGUUCAAACAAGAAAACUAUGCUGAAACUGAGCAUUAACCUCAGUUCAGCACAUUCAGACAAGUUUGUUCUACUUGGAAUUGUUGCACUACAAUUCCCAUGUCAAUAUUUCUGCUAUCACUGUGUGGUUUUAUGGCUGUUUUAUUGACAACAAAUGUUCUAUCU